CAGCCAGACGCUCUCCUUGUCCCACUCUCACACCAUCCAGCCUGUGGGAGUGACCUCCCUUGUGCGAAACGGACACAUGGCUCCGGUCAGCGACAUCGGCCCCCCGGACAGCCCUGUAACCAAGCUGCUGGCCCUCGGAAGCGAACCCGAACAUGCGAUGGAAGAGGUGAUUGAAGACAUAAUCAACAUGGAGUCAAGUUUUAAUGAUGAAGGGAUAGGGUGUUCUGAAACUCCACUAUUAAUGCAAAGGACUCUAUCUAGCAGUAUUUUGGAUAUAUAUAACAGUGACCAGGGAACGGCACCAGCUAAUAUGGGUCUCACAAAUGCUUCUUGCCCAGCAAAUCUGCCAGUAAAAAGGGAACUCACAGAAGCAGAUACACGAGCAAUGGCAAAGGAGAGACAAAAAAAGGAUAACCACAAUCUCAUUGAAAGAAGGAGGAGGUAUAAUAUUAAUUACCGAAUCAAGGAGCUUGGCACACUCAUCCCCAAGUCUAAUGAUCCUGAUAUGCGCUGGAACAAAGGAACUAUUUUAAAAGCAUCAGUGGAGUACAUCAAGUGGCUACAAAAAGAACAACAGAGAGCCAGAGAAUUAGAACACAGGCAGAAGAAAUUAGAGCAUGCUAACAGAAGGCUUCUACUCCGAAUUCAGGAACUAGAGAUCCAGGCACGUGCACAUGGCCUCCCAGUCAUGUCUUCACUCAGUGCAGUCGAUUUAGCUGCACAGGUCAUCAAGCAACAAUCUUACUCAGAGGAGAACUCUGUAGACUACUCUCAACAAAUGCCUCUGGCACAUGGACUAAAUUCUGAUGUUUGUGAUGGAUCUACAGCCUUUUCUGAUCCGCUUUCACACUUUACGGAUUUGUCCUUCAGUGCAGCUUUAAAAGAAGAGCAACGACUAGAAGAGAUUUUACUAGAUGACACAGUGUCACCGUUUGGGACAGACCCACUCUUGUCCUCCACAUCCCCAGGCGCAUCAAAAGAGAGCAGCAGGAGAAGCAGCUUUAGCACAGAUGAUGGAGAUGAGUUAUAAAAGCAGAAUGGGCUUUAUACUCUCUAAAACACUUGCUAAAUGACUGCGUUGAACAAAAGUGUGGUGUUUGUGCUUAUUUGAAAUACGAAUAAGGAGAGCCACUGCGAAGAGAAGUUACUACACGACAAGGGUUUAAAUCAGCCCUUACUUCACAGGAAAAUGAGACGGACACGAACUCAUACCACUUUGCCCCAAAUUCACACCAUCUGUUCACAGCUGACACUUGCACAAAUCUUUCCUUACCGGGAACAUUUUUACUAUCAUUUCAUGAUUUCUUACAGCACUAUGAAAAUGGUUAUCAUGAAAGGAAUACCCGUGUUACAAAAGUGUAUGCAAACUCACUUCAAUCUGUGUUCACUUUUCUUUCCUAUAAAUGUGAGUUCCAGUCA